CAGUAGCUGAGACAACGAAGCAGCGUCCCUGGGAAACAGACCGCCUCCACCGGCCGACCGACCUGCAGGGACUUCGUCCAAGAUCCGAUAGCAUCCCCGGCAACUAAACAUGGGCAAGGAAAAGCUUCACAUCAACAUUGUGGUCAUCGGCCAUGUGGACUCGGGAAAGUCCACUACCACCGGUCACCUCAUCUACAAAUGCGGCGGCAUCGACAAGAGGACCAUCGAGAAAUUUGAGAAGGAGGCCGCCGAGAUGGGGAAAGGCUCAUUUAAGUAUGCGUGGGUCUUGGAUAAGUUGAAGGCGGAGAGGGAGCGCGGCAUCACUAUUGACAUCUCCCUUUGGAAAUUUGAGACCAGCAAAUACUACGUCACCAUCAUCGAUGCGCCCGGGCACAGGGACUUCAUCAAGAACAUGAUCACUGGCACCUCUCAGGCGGACUGUGCCGUGUUGAUUGUGGCGGCCGGCGUGGGCGAGUUCGAGGCCGGCAUCUCCAAGAACGGUCAGACGCGCGAGCACGCUCUCCUGGCCUACACGCUGGGCGUCAAGCAGCUGAUCGUGGGCAUCAACAAGAUGGACUCCACCGAGCCCAACUACAGCCAGAAGCGCUACGAGGAGAUCGUCAAGGAGGUCAGCACCUACAUCAAGAAGAUCGGCUACAACCCGGACACCGUGGCCUUCGUGCCCAUCUCCGGAUGGAACGGCGACAACAUGCUGGAGCCCAGCCCCAACAUGACCUGGUUUAAGGGCUGGAAGAUCACGCGCAAGGACGGCAACGCCUCCGGGACCACCCUCCUGGAGGCCCUGGACGCCAUCCAGCCGCCCUCGCGGCCCACCGACAAGCCCCUCCGCCUGCCCCUGCAGGACGUCUACAAGAUCGGAGGCAUUGGCACCGUCCCUGUUGGCCGUGUGGAGACGGGCAUCCUGAAGCCUGGCAUGGUGGUGACCUUUGCCCCCGUGAACGUGACCACCGAGGUGAAGUCGGUGGAGAUGCACCACGAGGCCCUGUCCGAGGCCAUGCCCGGCGACAACGUGGGCUUCAACGUCAAGAACGUGUCGGUCAAGGACAUCCGCCGCGGCAACGUGGCCGGAGACAGCAAGAACGACCCUCCGCUAGAGGCCGCCACCUUCACCGCGCAGGUGAUCAUCUUGAACCACCCUGGCCAGAUCAGCGCCGGUUACGCUCCCGUGCUGGAUUGCCACACUGCCCACAUCGCCUGCAAGUUCGCCGAGCUCAAGGAGAAGAUCGACCGCCGCUCAGGCAAGAAGCUCGAGGACAACCCCAAGAACCUGAAGUCUGGGGACGCCGCCAUCGUGGACAUGGUCCCCGGCAAGCCCAUGUGUGUGGAGAGCUUCUCCGAGUACCCUCCUCUGGGGCGCUUUGCGGUGCGUGACAUGCGUCAGACCGUGGCGGUCGGGGUCAUCAAGGGCGUGGAGAAGAAGGCCGCGACCACCGGCAAGGUCACCAAGUCCGCCCAGAAGGCCCAGAAGAACAAAUGAACGUUGUGCGUCGCCGCCCCGUCCUGCGUCACCAGCGGCAACACCAACGACGACAACAAUGCCCAGCCGGCUCUUCCCCUCAUCCAUAAAGGCUGGUUAAUUCUCACAAUGCAUCGCAAGAGUAGGAGAAGGAAAAAAAGAAACCUGCAUUAUUCGCACCUUAACUUGACCAAAACGUCGGCUGCUCUGACAAUGACCACCAUUAGGCGACCCUUGUUUCAAUGUUUGAGUAGGUUAGUCUCUUAGUGUUGUACGUGUAACAUUGUUUUCCAGUUCUUCAUGCGUUUGUUGUUCAAGGAGUAUAUAAGCUAUAUGUAGUCUGUGACGAGGUCGGGUGGUCAAGGUCGUGCCCUCUCUGGGGUAGAUCACUGCUCAAUCGUGACCUACUAUAUACCCAAUAGCACUUAUUUUAAUAGACGUUCAGUGGUCAUAGUUCGAACAUGACUUGCUGACUUGAGUCUUGUCUUUUUUUUGUGUUUCCCCCCCCUGUUGAAUGUUAAAAGCUUUUACUGUUUUAAGCUGAAUGCAUGCUCUUUGUGCACUUUAAAAAAAAAGAGAGCGAAUUUACUAGAACAAACGAAGCUUAGCUCAAUCUGACGUAGCACUUUCCACUCUCGUUCUUUUGCACUAGCACUCGUGUACUUUAAAUGGAUAUGGCUCUGUGUGCCCUGCAGUUCUCCUGUAGAUUAAUGACCUACCCAUUCUAUUAAAGAUCUGAGAAUCGCA